CUUGGAGAACCAACAUCUGAUCUCAAAGUUAAGAUAGUGAAGUUGGUGGGUGAUAUGGAGAAGACAUUGUUUUGGGGGCUGAGCCACCUCUUCAUGACAAUCUUCCUGCAUAACUUCGCGGUGUUUAUGGUGAUUCCAGCCAUUACAGAUGUCACCAUGUCUGCGCUUUGUCCAGGAGCUGAUGAGUGCUCCUUUGCUAUUUACCUCACCGGCUUUCAACAAGCGAUUAGUGGGAUGGGGACGCUCGUGAUGAUGCCUUUGAUCGGGAAUCUAUCGGACAAGUAUGGAAGAAAAGCUUUGCUUACGCUGCCAAUCACCCUUACCAUACUUCCCUUGGCAACACUGGCAUACAGCAGAACAAGAAGUUUCUUUUAUGGCUACUACGUUCUCAAGACAUUGACUGCUAUGGUUUGUGAAGGAUCUGUCCACUGUCUUUCUCUUGCUUAUGUGGCUGACAAUGUUCCCGAAGCCCGACGAGCUUCCGCAUUUGGGAUAUUAUCAGGGAUCGCAUCCUGUGCCUUUGUCUGCGGCACUCUUUCUACUCGAUUCCUCUCCACCCCUGCCACGUUUCAGGUUGCCGCAUCAAUGGCGAUUGUAUCAACGGUGUACAUGAGGCUUUUCCUUCCCGAUUCGGUAAUCCACGAUAAUCUUUCUACUCCCAUUAUGUCAAACGAAAAAGUGAAUGUUACACAGCCAAUCGAAGGUUCUCCUAAGAAAAUGGAAGUUUUUAAGACAAUGCCUUCUCUUGGAGAUGUGCUCACCUUGUUGAAGAGCAGCGUGACGUUUUCGCAAGCAGCGAUUGUUUCAUUUUUCAGCAGUCUUGCAGAUGUUGGUCUCCACGCUUCAUUGAUGUACUAUCUAAAGGCCAGAUUUCACUUCAACAAGGAUCAUUUUGCUGACUUAAUGGUCAUUUCUGGGAUUGCAGGGACUAUUUCACAGCUGCUUCUCAUGCCCUUACUGGCUCCUGCAUUGGGAGAAGAUAGGCUGCUUGCAAUAGGACUCUUUUUCAGCUGUGCACACAUGUUUCUCUACAGCAUUGCCUGGUCCUUUUGGGUUCCUUAUGUGGCUGCCAUGUUUUCAGUUUUCUACGUAUUCUCACAUCCAUGUAUAAGGAGCAUAGUAUCUAAACAAGUUGGUUCCUUUGAGCAGGGGAGGGCUCAAGGGUUCAUUUCAGGCGUAUGCUCGUUUGCCAAUGUUAUUUCUCCCUUGGCAUUCUCUCCUCUAACAGCUCUAUUCUUGUCUGAAAGAGCACCAUUCUACUUCCCUGGUUUCAGUAUCAUGUGCAUCGGGUUUGCUUCGAUGAUAGCUUUUCUUCAGAGUGUCAUGAUAAGGAUGGCUCCUCCUAUUUCAAACCAACACAUGAACAAUAGCAGCUGCAUGGAGGCAUAGAUAUAUAUAUAUUUUUUCUUCUUGCAGAUCUGAGUUGUAGAACUGUCAAUUAAAGCUUUUCUGCUUCUUUCCUAGCCAAAGUUUUCAACCAGUCUAUCCAAUGCAUGUAUAGAAUGGUGUUUAUGAGGCUGCUAAUGGGGACAUCCAUCUUAAUGAAAUUGUCUAACGAGGAUGCAGCAUUUGGAAGACCUCUCCUCAUCCAAGAACAUCAGUUACGUUAGAAUUUCAUUAUAUGAAUAUGCUAGAGAAGGGGCGAGGUAGGGGGUAUGGCAUGUAACAAAGUCCUUGUAUUGUGUCAACGUGUAAAAAUAGGGGGAGAACAGGCUUGAACAUCAAAUGGGGAGUAGUUUCUUGUGGUGUAUUCAAUUAGACAAUCUACUUGCACUGUUUUGUUGUUGACGAAAGGGGGGUUAGUGUCGUGUAUUUGUCACUCAGCGGAGCUUUGGGCCCCAAAUAAAGUUAAGAACUGGCCAUCAAACGUGGAAUAUUUUGAGAGACUGUAAAAAUUGUACUCUUAUAUCAGUUUGUCUUGAAAUAAGGUGGUGGGUGGACUUCCAAAA